CAUCCAGAAAUGCGAUCAGCCAGCAUAUGUCUGGCGGCCUUUGAUUGGCGUCCCGUGCUAUAGCCCUCGGCUGCAUCUGCGUUUGAGACUCGGUCUUCCCUCGGCAGUGCUCUUGAUCCUCCAGCGGCCUCUCUUGAUCCUCCAGCAAUACUGCCUUACGCACUCAGCCGCUAAAUACGGUGUCGAAACCAACAUGGCCAGCAUCUACCACAAACCUCUUGGCCCCAAGGAGAUGACCGAGUGUCUUGCGGCGACACUUCCGCCUCACGUCGACCCGACCAAGUUCCAGCUGGCCUACGGACGCCGGGCUGUUCCCAAGCUGAUAUCCGAGCUGAUUGACGAGCAGCUUUUUGAGCGUCAGCGGGCGCUGGUCUUUUUAUCGGAUCUGUUCCAUAAUCCGGAAAACAUAGCGUCGGCCCUGCAUGAAGGGAUUGUACCAAAGCUCACGAGGCUGCUGGGAGAGACGGAUCUGACGGUCAAGCAAAAAGCGACCGAAUGCAUGAGGUCGCUAUGCUCGCAUGCCAUCGGCCGCAAGAGCGUCGUCGACAACGGAACCCUGGCAAAGUUGGCCAAGCUGUUCGAUGAUGCCGAUCCGCUUGUACGAAAGCAGACUCACGAUAUCUUUUGCCGGGUCACUUCUCAGCGCGAAGGCAGCGACAGCUGCCUCUCUUUCUCGCUACUCCCGGUGCUGAUCAAAAAAGUCCCAACGGAGCGCAUGGAUAUCCAGGUCGUCAUCCUCGAAACCCUCUACAACUGCAUCCGGCACGGCUCGACCCCAUGGGUUCCCCGCGAUGCCGUCAACAACUCGGCCCUCGACAUCUUCACAGACCUCAUUCAAAUCGAGCUCGUCACGGACGUCAAGGUGGCGGCAUGUCGAUGCAUCAUGGCGCUCUGCUUCCAUGCCGAGGUCAAGAAGCUAGCCGUCAAGAACCCCCAGACGAUUCCCCGACUGAUGCGGCUUCUGAAAGACAUCAAGCCCGAGGUGCGGGCCGCCUCCGCUGGGGCGAUUAUGAGUAUCACCAUCGACUGCGAUGCAAAGCGCAUUCUGGUGCGAGAAAACGCUGUUCCGAUCUUCCUGGAACUCAUUCAAAACGACGAAUCCCAGUCCGUACUUCUGAAUGUGAUCAAGUGCAUCACCAACUGCGCCGAGGACUACCGAGGACGGUUUCAGCUGCAUUCCGCCAUCAAGAAGCUGGAGAAUAUCAAGGAAAGCUCGCCGAACCAGCAGCUGAGAGAAGUCGCCGAGAAAGCCAUUCAAGUCAUCACCUGGCGCCCUUGAGCUCCGCGGCGAUUCUGGUCGCUGCUCACCACAGAUGCGAGCCCUGAGUCUGUUGUGGGUCAGGGCGGUUCAGGCUGACAAAGUGGGCCGGUCGAUGCUGCAGCGUACCCAUAUCCAAAUAUACAGAUCAGUCAUCGAC